AUGAGCUUGAGGCCUUGCUUCGUAUCAUUGAUAGAUGAAUCUGAUAAACCUAUAUUGAUUUACGUCCCUAAUGAGGCGGAGAAUGAGAUGAAUGAUGUACUCAAAUAUAACGUGCUUUCUAACAUAUCGUUAGAUUAUUUUGAAAGUGCUUUGGUUGAAUGGCAUUCUUUAGAUUCCAAACCUCUUCUGAAGUCAAUUUUUCAAUUGGAAGGUGUCUCUGUAUUUGCUAUGUUGAUUAAGCAGACGGGCCUGAAGAUUGUCAUUGGAUUUGAACAAAAAAGCCUAAGUGGAGCUGAUGAUGAAUUUGAAGCAAUCAAUCAGAUUUUCGAAACCGUAAGAAAAAUCUAUAUACGUGUCAAAUGUAAUCCUUUACUUGUUAGCGGUGACGAAAAGUCCAUUAUAAAAAGCUUGGAAAGAAAAUUUGAUGAGUUGUUUAUUUCAACUGAAGUUGAAUUAUAA